AUGCGUGGUAAUCGUGUUAUUUCAGUGCCCUUUGAAGAAGAUGACAAGGAUCCAAGCAUAUGGUUUCUUGACCACAACUAUCAUGAAUCGAUGUUUUCAAUGUUCAAGAGAAUCAAUGCUAAGGAGCACGUGGUUGGUUGGUAUAGUACAGGUCCAAAGCUACGGGAGAAUGAUCUAGAGGUUCACAGAUUAUUCCACAACUAUGUCCCAAAUCCUGUCUUGGUCAUCAUUGAUGUCCAGCCUAAGGAGAUGGGGAUACCCACUAAGGCUUACUAUGAUGUUGAAGAAGUGAAAGAGAAUGCUACACAAAAAAGCCAGAAGGUUUUCGUUCACGUGCCUUCAGAAAUUGCUGCUCAUGAGGUCGAGGAAAUUGGAGUGGAGCACUUGUUAAGGGACGUGAAGGAUACCACCAUCAGUACACUUGCAACUGAGGUUGCUGGAAAACUUACUGCUUUAAAUGGUUUGGAUGCACGGCUACGAGAGAUACGUGGGUACCUCGAUCUUGUUAUUGAUGGGAAGGUUCCAUUAAAUCAUGAGAUACUUUAUCAUUUACAGGAUGUGUUCAACCUGCUUCCAAAUCUCAACGUGGCUGAGUUAAUCAAGGCAUUUGCAGUAAAAACAAAUGAUAUGAUGUUGGUUUUAUAUCUUUCCUCUCUCAUCCGAAGUGUCAUUGCGCUCCACAAUCUGAUCAAUAACAAGAUGUUAAAUAAAGAACACGAGAAAGCUGAGGAUGCCAAACCGGCUACAGUCCCACCUGUCAGUGGAAGCUGAUUUUUUGUUUCAGCCUUUAAAGAGAGGGUGGUGCGAUCAAAUGAGUGGGGAGGCUUUACAGAGCUCCAGUCAUUUCAUGUAGACUUUGAAGCGUUUUUUUCUGGGUGUGCAUGAAAGUUGGAAAGUUUCCCAUUGACCAACCGCAGUUAGAAAUGUGGACAUCGACAAUGCAGGCUAUGUAUGAUAUCCAGGUCGUUUUUAUUACAUUCUUUAGAAACAUUUUCAACUACUGGAUGUUUUAUUGAUAUGAACCGUCGUAAUAGUAACAUUGAUCCGUUUGAUUUUGGAUGUAAUUUCUUUGGACCUUGAGCGGCAUGCUGUUGGCGAUAGGAGGGUUCUAAAAAAAGGAUAUGGUGGAUGUUUAAGGAGGACCUUUUAUUUUUAUGCAGUAAUGUUACUCUUGACACACAUUUCACUCA